AAGGUUCGAGAUAUUACAUUGGGUCUCAUAAAUAUUUGGGGUUCAUAUCAAAAGUUGGAACGGAACCGGGACGGUUUCAAGAAGCAGCAAUGUGAUUAAGAGAGAGCGGGUACACGUGGACGGGACUGGCACCGGCUUUUGACCUGAGCCGACACAUUAUCCGCCUGCCACGUGCACUUCCCUCUUUUUCUGUUUUCUUUUAUUUGGGUCAAUACUUCCGCUUUCCUUCCUUUUCGAUUUUUUUUUUGCUUCCGCACCUGAUGCUCCAUGCUGAUGCCUACCUGACGUCAUCCCGAGUCCGCUUCUUGGCCUUCGGAGAACUGCCAGUCCUGCCCUUCCAUCUAUACGAAUACGACCAUUUCAUUGCCUCACCAUUGACAUGAAGGAAAAAAGGAAUAGGUGAAAAAUGUCAUCACAAAUUUUAUUCACUUUCCCUUAAAUAAUAUGAUAAUAGUAUAACUAUCGAUUGGUUUCAUAAGGCUUUACAACACAUGCAAUAUCCUCUAAUAAAUUGUGGAUACCAUGUACCAAAACUAGACUUAUGGUUCAAAAUUUAUUUCUAAAUAAUAUAAAAUGAAAAUCUUUAAUGCCGAUUCGAAUAAAUCAUAAGCUUAGUUUGGCCCUGCGGUAGUUUUUGCAGAAGCAGAUUCUGGCUGGUGCUUUUAGAUAAGUACUUUAAAAAAAAACAGUUGAGUGUUUGGCUAUAAAACUAUUAGAAGUGCUUUUUAAUAUGAGAGUUUGUGUACAAUGACUAUAAAUGACUUAUAAUAUAAAAUAUGAAUAAAAAUUAUAAACAAUAAAACAUAGUCAAAAUGGAUCUUGUUAGAUUUCUUUUAUAUUAAAUAAUAUGAUUUUACAAUUUAUUAUAUUUUAAAAUGAUAUAAAUGAAGAAAAAUUAUAUUUUCUGAAAUAAAAUUAAAAUAUGGUAAGGAUAAUCUUGUAUUUUCAAAACAGCUUUUUGCAGAAGCUCAAAAUCGGAGCUUCGGCUUUUAUGUUAUACAAAAGCGCUUUUUCGGCUUUUCAAAAGCCGAGCUUUCAGAGGUGUUUGGCCCUGCUUCAGCUUUUGAAGCCGAAAAGCACUUUUCAAAGCCGAGCCAAACAUAAGCAUAAUAUUGUUGCUUAAAAAAUAAAAUCUUAACAUUAUUGAAAUAAAAUUAUUUAUGAGCUCUUGAAAAUUGAAAUACAACGUUUGAUCUAUGGAGAGAUUGAAUCGCCUUUCUAUCAUCUAACUUUUUUUUUUCUUUAGAAGCAGGGUGAAUUCAUGGCCUCGAUAACAGCAAAUGCAGAUUUGCAACUUUCCCGAUCCCCAAUUUCAAACCCAACGGUUCACUCUUGAUCAAUGAAGAAGAAGACUGAAGUGGCGUCGUUUUUGUUUCAAGCGAGCAGCUCUCCACAACGCUGUCGUUUCGUUUAGUUUCUUUGCUGUUGUCAAACGUUGUCGUUCCAGUCUUUCGUUUUCCCUUUUGCUUUCUGCACAAGUACUUUAUUUCCUAUCCAAGCUACCAAACAAGAGUGUGGAGCUGGUUGUCUUCUUGCUUGUAAUCAGCCUAUAUAAGGCAGAGAUGAAAUGAAAGAAAAACAAGCUUUAGGGUUUUCAGUUCAACCUGGUUGUUAUGGUAUCAGAGCCAUUCUUCCAGACCUAGCCGCCGCCGCCCGCUCUGGCUGAAAACCAAGAAGAACACGCUGCUGCUCAAAUGCAGCAAAACGAUGACAAUGCUGCUCCUCACAUUGUCUACCAGAGGGAAGAUCCAUACUUCCUCCACGGUUCAGAGCAGCCAGGCUCCCUCCUGGUUGCAGAUCGCCUCAACACAACAAACUACAAUGAUUGGAGUGGCGCUAUGUUCAAUGCACUUGCAGCAAAGAACAAGCUAGGCUUCAUUAGUGGAACCAUACCACAGCCUGCAGAAACAGAUCCCAAGUAUGGAGCUUGGAUCCGGAACAAUGUUAUGAUAUUAAGCUGGAUUCAACAGUCAGUAGAUUCAGAAAUCAGGAAGACUAUUCUCAACAUCAAGUCAGCAGCAGAAACAUGGAAAAGCCUUCAAACAAGGUAUGGAUCUGGAGAUAUUGUUAGAGUUGCUGAACUUGAAGAAGCCCUUUCCACCUUGAAACAAGGUAAUCAGACUAUCACAGAAUACUAUGGGAAUGUCAUCACUCUUAGGGAUGAGCUUGACAAUUAUCAACCUUUACUGCCUUGUGACUGUACUCCUACAAGUCACUUAGACUGUCUUGCCAUGAAAAAGGUCUUGGAAUAUCAGGAAACUAAUUAUGUCAUCAAGUUUCUCAGAGGGCUCAAUGAGAAUUUUUCUGGAGUUAGAUCUCAAGUUCUGUUUGGGGAUGAUCUUCCUAACAUCAACAGAGUUUUUGAAAGAAUGUUACAGCCUGAACGUCAGCUCUAUGGCACUCAAACAGGGAAGAUGAUUGCUUCUGUUCACACAGAAAACACAACCUUAGCCAUGCCAGGCAUCCUGAGAAGGCCUACCCUCCCACAGAAAAGACCCUUCUGCACCUUUUGCAAGAAAGAAGGUCAUACAGAGGAUACUUGUUAUCAAAAACAUGGUUGGCCACCUGGUUUUGGUACUCGACCUCCUUCUUCUGUUCCUCCUAGGGUGAUUGAAUGCACCUUUUGCAAGAAACAUGGCCACACAGCUGAUAUAUGCUUCAGGAAGAAUGGUUUUCCCUCUGAUUUUGCAUCCAGAACUUCCACUUCAGGUUAUGGCAGAGGUAGAGGAAGGGGUUAUGCUAACACUGCUAGUUCUCCUCACCAGGAAGAUGAGAUCAAACUCACCAGAUCUGAGUAUGAAAAGUUGAUGAACCUCAUGUCUUCUCAAAAGGGCCAAUCUUCUCAUGCUGCUGCUGCCUUUGUCACCAACAGAGGUAACAUUUCCAAUUGUCUCUUAACUGGCUCUAUGGUCAAUACUAUUUCCCAUACAAAAGACAAUUGGAUACUUGACACAGGGGCUUCUGACCAUAUAGUUUUCUCCCUUUACUAUCUUAAUAAUACUCAGCUCCUCUCAAAUGCCUUUAUUACCCUACCAACUGGUGAGCAGAUACAGGCUACACAUACUGGCACCAUUACCUUGACUGAGAAUCUAAUCCUCUUAGAUGUUCUCUAUGUUCCCACAUUCACCUUCAACUUGAUUUCUGUCAGCAAGCUUACCACCACCAACUCUUUAAGCCUAACUUUCCAUUCUAACCUUUGUCUCCUACGGGAUCUCAAGCAGAUGAGAGUGAUUGGUUCUGCUAGAUUGCUCAAUGGCCUCUACUACCUAGAAGUACCUAAUUCACCUAAACACAUCUCAGCUGUCAGGUCUCCUUCCACUGAUCUGUGGCAUUUUAGAUUAGGUCAUGUAUCUCAUUCUAAAAUUCCACUCCUCAACCAAUUUUGUACCUCCAUCAAAACUCAGAGAGACUUACCUUGUGAUGUUUGCCACUUUGCAAAGCAAAGAAGGCUUCCUUUUCCUUCCAGUCAGUCUGUAACCCAUUAUGUUUUUGAACUUCUUCAUGUAGACAUAUGGGGUCCCAAUCCCGUUCCUACUUAUGAUGGAUACAAGUACUUCCUAACUAUUGUGGAUGACUAUUCCCGAUUGACUUGGAUCAUUUUACUUGCUGCUAAAUCUGAUGCUAGGCCCAAACUCAUUGCCUUCUGCACUCAAAUGCAGAGGCAAUUUCAAACUUUGAUUAAAAGGAUCAGAAGUGAUCAAGGUAGUGAAUUUCACAUGGAAGAUUUUUUUCAAUCCACAUGCAUUUUACAUGAAAUGUCCUGUGUUGAAACCCCUCAACAAAACAGCAAAGUUGAAAGGAAACACCAACAUAUCCUAGCAGUAGCAAGAGCCUUAAAGUUCCAAGCCAAUUUCCCUACCACUUUCUGGGGUGAUUGCAUAAAACAUGCAGUGUUCCUCAUCAACAGGGUACCUUCUACUGUCAUUCAAAACAAAACACCCUAUGAACUUCUCUACCUCAAACCUCCAGACCUUACCAAUUUGAAAGUCUUUGGUAGCCUAUGUUAUGCCAGUACUCUAGGGAAUCACAGGACCAAAUUCCAACCUAGAGCUAGGAAAGGUGUUUUCUUGGGCUACCCUGUUGGAAUCAAAGGAUAUAGGAUUUAUGACCUCACCUCCCAUGAAAUUUUUAUUUCCAGAGAUGUCAUAUUCUAUGAUACUGAAUUUCCAUUCAAAUAUCCAGAUUCUACUCCUCCUCCUCCUCCUCCUACUGAUCCAACUGAUCCUGAUUACCUUUUUCCUAUUCCAUCUACUCUUCCCAGCACAUCAAAUGAUACAUCAGACCCUCCUUUUGAUCAACCCCCUAAUCCACCCUCUCCUUCUUCACCUACUCAGAAUCCUACUGAACCAAUGCAAACACCAUCUCCUCCAUCCUCUCCUGUUUCUCCCUCUUCUCCUACUUCUGAUACUACUUUCCCUUCCUGUUCAGCCUCUCCAUUGGCUACUCCAUCUUCCCAUUCUACUCCUACUCCUCCCCCACAUCCUCCUAUUCCCCUAAGAAAAAUCUGACAGACCUACUAAACCACCACCUCACCUUGUAAAAGACUACCAUUGUUAUUGAUAACGAUGUAAUUGCACAUAUUUGCGCCCCUAGUUCUUAUCCGUUUGAGGGGCAUAGUCGUGUGUUUUGGCCUAUUUUACGCCGGGUUGUGCUAUUUUGUCAUUUUCAGGUCUCAGAUGUCAAAGGGAAGGCUAAGCGCGAGUUUCGGGGCAUUCGGAGGUCAUUUCGUCAAGCUGGAGCCAAAACACGGGCACACCUAAAUCAUUACACGGCCGUGUUCUGGUGGCCGUGCUUUUUAUGCCGAGAGCUAAUUGAUUUGGCAAAUUCAGCUGCAAACACGGGCUGAAAGCACGGCCGUUUUCAGGCAAAGCACGGCCGUGCCCACUGCGAAACACGGUCGUGUUUCUCCCAACACAUGGCCAUGUAAUUAACACUAGCCAAAGCACGGGCGGGCUGAGGCAUUACACGGCCGUGUUCUGGUGGCCGUGCUUUUUAUGUCGAGAGCUAAUUGAUUUGGCAAAUUCAGCUGCAAACACGGGCUGAAAGCACGGCCGUUUUCAGGCAAAGCACGGCCGUGCCCACCGCGAAACACGGCCGUGUUUCUCCCAACACAUGGCCGUGUAAUUAACACUAGCCAAAGCACGGGCUGGCUGAGGCAUUACACGGCCGUGCCCUCGACCGUGCUUUGGCCACUGAUGCCCUUUUAAGCAGAUUUUCAGCCAAACAGAAGGGGAUUCGAGUUUUAGAGAGAGAGAUCAGUUCCUAGAGUGAGAAAGCGACGAACAAGAGUCUCCAAGUGCCCUAGAUUGAUCUUCAACACCAUUGGAGGCCAGCUUGAGCUUGGAGGAGUGCCAAUCAACGUUCAGGAGCAGGAAUCCAUCCUUCACAGUAUGAAUUUCGUGCCUGAUUCUGCUUUUGCUUUCUUCUCCAUGGAGUAAAUCUCCCAUUCAUCUGGGUAUGGAGAACCCUAGAUUUGUAUGUUAGGCUUUGAUUGUAUGAACCCAAGUACUGAUUCUAUGAUUGAUUAUAUUCGAUUGAGGUUUGAAUGAUUGAAUGACUUGAAUCCUGAUCAAAUUCCUGUUGUUUCUGCUUUAACCUAGGAUGAGAAUAUCUGCCUAGGUUAAUAGAGUAUCCUUGAUUGAAGGUAGGGAGUUGGUGACUUUAGUCGAGGAACCAACUCACUAUUCUGUACCGGAUUUACUCCGGUAGUGGAGGUUUUGUUCUUAGGGCCUCAAUCUGUCUACUCCGGUGGAGGUUAGUCGCCCGCUAGAGAUUCAGAUUGAGAGGGUCUGAAGACCUUUAGUCGAGACUUCAGGCUGUUUAAGAAUCUUCCGCAGUAUAACUUUCAUAGAAACUGAACUUGGUAAUUACAAUCCGGCUUAACUGCAAUCUAGGGGGAACCAUAUCCGGGUGACCUCUUUAACCUGAAUACAACAGUUUACUUGUU